CAUUAAGCUGACCAUGCCUCACUGUUCAGUCACCCUCCAUCUAAAAUUACAGCCCUCUCAUUAGUAGUUUAGGCUCGUUACGACGCACUUUUCUACACCCAGAAUCCAGUGUGUCCGACGGCAAUUUUUACUUUCGAUGGGAUGAGAGUUUGAGGUUUACAGCCGCUGAGAAGGCAUCCGAGCAGAUUCACCAUUGACAUUAUGGCUUCGGAUCAAGAAAAGAACAGGCGGCUUAUGAAACAGCUUUCGGGGAAACCUGGAAAUGGAAACUGUGCCGACUGUGGGGCUGCAGACCCGGAGUGGGCAUCCUAUACCCUGGGUGUGUUUGUGUGUCACAGCUGCUCUGGCCUCCAUAGAAACAUUGCACAGAUCAGCAAGGUGAAGUCUGUCCUGCUGGAUCCCUGGAGCUCCUCUGAAGUGGAGUUUAUGGAUUCUGUAGGUAAUUAUGCUGCCAAGGCCAAAUACGAACAGAUAGUUCCUACCUUCUAUUACCAUCCCACAUACAAAGACUGCACGCUCCUGCGGGAACAAUGGAUCCGAGCCAAGUAUGAGAGGGAGGAGUUUCUGUGUGUGGAGAAGCAGGAGCCCUACUCGGCAGGCUACAGAGAGGGGUUUCUAUGGAAACGAGGCAGAGACAAUGGACAGUACCUUAGCCGAAAAUUUAUUCUGUCCGAACGGGAGGGUGUUCUGAAGUACUUCAAUAAGCAUGACGCCAGAGAGCCCAAAGCGAUAAUGAAGAUCAAUAGUGUGAAUGCCACUUUCCAGCCAACUAAAAUUGGCACUGCCCAUGGCCUGCAGAUAACCUAUCUGAAGGACAACAGCACUAGGAAUAUCUUUGUUUACCAUGAGGAUGGAAAGGAAAUGGUGGACUGGUUCAAUGCCAUCAGAGCGGCCAGGUUUCACUACCUGCAGGUGGCUUUUCCUGGGGCUUCCAACUCUGAUUUGUUGCCAAAGCUAACCAGGAACUACAUAAAGGAGGGUUACAUGGAGAAGACUGGUCCAAAGCACACAGAGGGCUUCAAGAAGAGGUGGUUUACGAUGGAUGACAGGAGGCUCAUGUACUUCAAAGAUCCACUGGAUGCCUAUGCACGAGGUGAGGUGUUCAUUGGUGGUAAGGAAAACAGCUACACCGUGCUUGCUGGCCUCCCUCCCAACAUUCAGGGCUACCACUGGCAGUUUGGAAUUACCAUAGUGACACCAGACAGGAAGUUUCUUUUUGCAUGUGAGACAGAAGAGGAUCAGAAAAAUUGGAUGGCUGCAUUUCAGACUGUUGUCAACAGACCAAUGCUGCCUCAGGAGUAUGCAGUGGAGGCCUAUUUUAAGCAUAAACCAUGACCGGCUUAGUGUUUGAAGAACUAUUAGUACAGGAUGAGGGGAAUGAAGUGGAGGUAGAAGAAGAAAAGGAUGCGAGAUAUGUACUUUACAUUACAUAACUGAAGCUCUUGUAAAAUGAAGGGUAACAGAGAAAAGGACCUAAAGGUGAGACAGCUUUGACUGCAAUUAACAUUCUCACAAUUACUUAUUUUACUCUACCUGCUGUCCUGCUCAACUUCACUUACAUUAUGUCCCAGACCCAUUUUUCAGAAUUACUUCUGUGCUCAUGAAUGUUAGCCUUAAUGCACUCAUCUGUCAUGUGAUGUGACUUACAUACUUGAAGAGUUAUGUAUGUGUGCCUUUUUGUGUAGAAAUCAGAACUGUUGCUGCUCUCACAUGAAGACAUUUAAAUGUGGUUUUCUCUGUUCUCAAAGUAUUUUCCUUCAAUUUCAAGUGUACAAACUGUGGUCAGUUUUAGGUAAACUGAAAACAUAAUCUGAUGCAGGACUGUCAUAUGUCAGUAAGACAUAAUACACAGUCUACAGAUUUAUUUUCAUUGACUAAAAAAAUAUUUAUUUCUUGAUUUAUUUAUUUAUUUUUAAACUGUCUCUAAUUUGCUAUCUGCAGCUUUCAAUAUUACGCUGCCAAGCACUGCAGGUACAAUAAGCAACUUUUGCUUUUUGUACAUACUCAAACAGCUGAAUGUUAACUGCUUUGUGUGCGUUAUUAUCAGCAUGCAUUCCUGUCUCAUUUUUGGAAAACUAUACUAAAAACUAUAUAAAUUGGAUCAAAAUUAGCAUUUGUUUCAUGUCAUAUGAUUACUUAUCCACUAGAGGGAGACAAAGGAAAGGUUUCAAACUUGUUAUGACACCCCCGCCCCCAUUUGUCAACCUCAUUUACCAGUGACUUAAGAUGUACAUAUUAAAUAAUUUGUGCAAGUGCAUCAGAGAAGGGCAUGGAGAUGUUCUUGAGCAGUAUUGAGUAGCCAUUAAUUCAUUCAAAUGUAAAGAGCUGGGUUCAAGCAAACAAUGUGAGCAUGCGUCCGUCCCACUAAAGUGUCACCUGAGAUACAAGACAUUAAAUCUCCACUUGACACAUUGUUUUGUAACUCAUGCUCUGGGAGGAGAAUUUGUGUAAGUGAAUCUGAAAUGAGCCAAUAUGCCAUGUUUCCUUCUGUUUUUUAUUGUGGUUAACUUUCACUUACAAGAAAGAAGUUGCACAUUGAAAAGUAGUAAAACCAAAAACUAAUACAUUACUGAGUACAUCAAGAUUGGAGACUGUACAGUAAAUUUUAUACAGAUAGAUAUUCAGUUUUCAUGGUUUUUAUGUGUAGGAUGGAAUCUACCAAAGCAACUGUCAUAUAAAAAGACGCCUAUGCUUCUUUUUUGAAGAAUAGGUUAAAUACUGUUAACAGACUAUAAGAAACAUACUGGUCAAAUGUUUUUAAAAGACCAUGGCACUAUAUACCCCAUUUAUAUAUUCAUGAAUGGAAAACAAAAGCAGGAAUCAAAGCAGUCUAGUCAAGUUUGCACUGGCUUCAAAUAAAACAGUAAAAUAAAAACAGAAAUAUACAUACAUUUUUUUCGUAUACAAUACUUUAGGUAACAUUGUGAACAUACUGUAGGUCUUAAUUCCUGAAACCCCACCCACACUCAUUUACCAUCUAAAGUGCUAUUCUCCUCUAUUGAAACUUUUUUACAUGCAGAAAAGAAAUUGUUAAGUAUUUACACUAUCAAAACCCCAAUGUAUAUAGAUUAUACAGUAUGAUUGACCAUCUGUUUGUAAAUCAUUUCAAAACAAAUGAAUAUAUGUUAUCAAGAAGAGAGGUUGCAUUAAUACUCUCCAAAACUCAAAACUGAUCCUCUAUAAUAGAAAAAAGCCGAAUAAUGUGUCUGAAAACAAGGUUCUGUAACCCAUGCACUGUCAUGUUUCUGUAGAUUUGUUUAAACUACUAUUUUUGCAUUUAGCAUGAAUUCAAAUCUAAAACAAUGUUUUAAUGUUGUUAAUGAUGCUGUUCUGUACUCAAUAUUUUUGUAUACAAAAGAGCAACAUUCAUUUACUUUUACAUUAUGUUGAACUAAUACGCAUUACCAAAUAUCCACAGCUGAAUCAUGGAAAUGCUUAGAUUGAGUUUAUGCUGGUGAGCUAAAUUGGCUCCAGGGAGCCUGAAUUACUGAUGUGAACACUGAACCAUGGAGAGAAGACACAUCACUAUACAUCUAGUAUAUGAACAUUCAUCCGUACGUUGAACAAGGAGAGAACAUUCAAACAAAUUUCAUUGACAUUUUAAGUGGAUGCAAGAAAUAAAUGGCUUUAAAAGA